CAAAGAAAUCGCGGUAUGUUGUAUGUUGAUUCUAACCUAUACACAACAUAUCAAGAGAAAUAAAUACAAUAUUUACAACAAACGAAACGAAAACAUUAACAGGUUAAAAACGAUCAAUAAAAGUGCUUGAAAAAAAACACCUGAAAUAUUGUGAAUUCUAUAGAAAUAUCAAUUCUUGUACAAGUUACAAACCUUCACGUGUGUUUACAUACUUUUAAUCACCGGGUACCAUGUGUUUGAAAAAUAGUGUGUGUUGUUAAAUAAACAGUGAAAAUACAACCCUUCAAGAUGGAUGAAUGUCCAAGUUCCCCGGAUAGUUUAGGCAGUGAUCACUUAAGUGUUGUUGAUAUGUUAACAUCUGGUGGUUCUCCUACCUCACAAAAACGUCGCCGUUUAUUACAUCAAUUAGCUGCCGUAUCAUCCCCAUUAAAUUCUAAUCAUCAUCAUACAGCAGCGGAUUUAUUAGCCGCUGCUGUCGCGGAUAAUGAACAUCGUCGUCGUUUAUUACAUAACGCAUUACAUAAUCAUGAGUUUACUGAUAGUGAUAAUAAUAAUACAACAAACGCGAAUAAUAAUAACAAUGAAUCCGCUACAACAAUUGACGAUUUAAAAUCGGCGAAUAAUACAGAUAAUACUGAUAAUAACGAUUCAACGGGUGCUGGAGAUGUACAAUGUAGUGAUGUUGAUGCAUUUGUUUUUAAUGAAAUUCAUAAUCAAUCGGAUACAACCGGAACGGAUACAACAGGGAAUACAAAUGGGAAUGAUACAGGUGGCGGGAAUGAGGACACACAAAAUGAUGACGAAUUAGAUGAUGAGCGUUUGACAUCCUCUCAUCAUCACCAAAGUGGAGGCGGUAAUUUAUCCUCACAUUAUAAUAAUAAUAAUGGCAACAAUCAAGGUGGUAACAACAAUGGCGGUGGCGGAGGAGGCGGUGGAGGCGGAGGGAAUAAUGGACGUGGUGGAAAUAAUAAUUCAAGCUCAAGUGCACAACAGUUAGCAGCGCAUCAUCAUAUGCAUCAGCAAGCACAGUUAGCUGCAGCUGCUGCGGCUGCUGAUUUUCAACCACCAUAUUUCCCACCUCCAUUUCAUCAUCAUCCACACGCGACUGGAGCUACGCUGAAUCAUCAUGGUUUACAAACAAAUUUAGCAGGAAAUGGUGGCGGUACAAGUUCACCACCAGGUGGUGCGGUUAUCGGCGGUGGUGGUUCAGUAGGUGCACCUGGUGGUAAUAUUGGUUCUGGAGGAGGAGGAGGUGGAGGUGGAUUAGGAGAUUAUGCACCACACCUAGGAGAUCCAUAUGGUGCAGCGUUAGCUGCUCAUCAUCAUCAUAGUGCUAGUGUUAGUCAUUCAGCGGCUGUAACCGCUUUACAUUAUAACCAAUUAUUACGAACGCCUGGAUCCGGUGGUGGUCACCAUCGGUCUGGGAGUGGAGGAACUGCAUUAGGUUUAGAACAAGAUUCACAUGUUGUGAGUGGAUUAUCACAUGGAGGUUUCGCGUAUGGUGGAGGCGGUUAUAGUUUACCACCAGGUGCUGGUUCACGUGGACUUCAUGAUGAUCCAUUAGCAUUACACCAAGCAUUGUCACAAGCAGUUGACGAUGGUCAAAAUACUGGUUUAGACGAUAAUAGCGGUUUCAUAUCAGAUUUACCACUUUUAAAAAGAGAAUCCACGUCCCCGGCAGAUUACCCAAUGCUUCAUUCGACAGUUUGCUAUGAUUUUAAAGGUAUGAAAUCAAGUGGCGGUAAAGAUCAUUCUGGUGGAGGUGGCGGUUUGGGCGGUGGACAUAUGGCAUCACCAGCCGAUGUGUUUUGUUCAGUACCAGGUCGUUUAAGUCUAUUAUCUUCAACAAGCAAAUAUAAAGUUACCGUUGCCGAAGUACAACGGCGAUUAUCACCACCUGAAUGUUUAAAUGCUAGUUUAUUAGGCGGUGUUUUACGGAGAGCGAAAAGUAAAAAUGGCGGUAGAUUAUUACGAGAAAAAUUAGAAAAAAUAGGUUUAAAUUUACCAGCGGGUCGAAGAAAAGCAGCAAAUGUCACAUUAUUAACAUCAUUAGUGGAAGGUGAAGCCAUACAUUUAGCACGUGAUUUUGGAUACGUAUGUGAAACAGAGUUCCCUGCACGACAAGUUGCGGAAUAUUUAUGUCGUGGUGCCACCGGAGCUUUAUCUGGUGCACAAGCGGAACAUGAAGCGCUACGUCGCCGUGAUUUAUUACAUGCAACUCGAUUAAUUACAAAGGAAUUAAUGGAUUUAUUAAAUCAAGACAGAUCUCCAUUGUGCAAUACACGACCACAACAUUUGUUAGAUCCCUCAAUUCAACGGCAUCUAACACAUUUCUCAUUAAUAUCACAUGGUUUUGGUAGUCCAGCAAUAGUGGCAGCUUUAACCGCCAUACAAAAUUUCUUAAAUGAAUCACUAAAGCAUUUGGAUAAAUUGUAUCCACCAUUAGAUACAAAAAAUCCAAAAUUAGAAGAUAAAAAUAAUUUAUUUUCAUGUGCCACAAAAUAG